AUGGAGAGGUUGCGAUAUAUCCUUUCAUGCAUGAAAUCCGUUACUUACUCCGUCUGUAAGACGGUAGAUUUGAAAUACCAGGAGCAGUUUGGAUUUAAACUUAAUGAAACAACAUGUGAAAAAAUUUUAGACUAUUUAUACGCACCCAAGGACUCGUCAAGCUUGGCAGUCACAAGAAUAUUGUUUGGUCUGUCUAUGAUGUUUGAUAUCCCUGAUGAACGAGGAGGGUCCAUCAUAGACAAGCGAUGGGGCGACCCAAAUAUAUGUCACUUCCCUCUGAUUCCGUUCAUAACGGCAAUUCCCAUGCCCUACAUGGCCGUUAUUUACGCCAUGCUCUGGAUUGGUGCCCUCGGUAUCGCCCUGGGUUAUAAGUACCAUGUAAGCGCCUCGCUGUUUACUCUCUGCUACUGGUACUUGUUUCUUAUAGAGAAGAGUUUCUGGAACAAUCACAGCUACCUGUUCGGUGUCGUCAGCUUGUUGUUAACCUUCACGCAGGCCAACUCCCACUGGUCCGUCGACGCUUAUUUAAAUCCUACGAUACUAAAGACGACGGUCCCAUAUUGGAACUAUUUUAUUCUGAAAUACCAGUUCUUUAUCUUGUACUUCAUGGCUGGUAUGAAGAAAGGCACCGCGGAGUGGCUGACUGGUUAUUCGGUUCAGAACCUCAGCGAGCAUUGGGUAUUUACACCUUUCAAAUUAUUCCUAUCGGUCCCACAGACCGAUUACUUCAUAGUUCACUGGUUCGUGUUUUCGUUUGAUCUGACUGUGGCCGUGUGGAUGAUGUGGGCGCCGUCAAGAAACAUCGCUAUGUUGUUUUGUUCUCUGUUCCAUCUCAUGAACAGUCGACUAUUCAGGAUAGGAAUGUUUCCAUGGGUUUGUUUAGCUACAAUGCCAUUAUUCUAUCCUUUUGAUUGGCCCAGAACAAUAAUCGGGUAUCUGGACAAUAUAAAAUCAAAGUUAUUAAAACUGAGCUGCAUGGUGUUAUACAAAAAUGUGGAUUUCAAAUUGACUCUUAAAGAUAAUGAUGACAGUAAAACAAAAACCAAUCAGGAACAGCCUGAAACUGAGGAUGUAUCAGUGCUUAAUGAUGGUGAUAGCCCGAGCAAAGAAAUGCUUACAACAAAUGAUGGCUUCAAUGAGGGUACAGAUGAGAAAAUAGAAGAAAACAAGACUUCGGUUAAUAAACAUGACGGAAGAUAUCUAACAUUGAUUUUUGUGAUGUUCCACGUUGUAUCACAGGCGAUUCUCCCCUACUCUCACUUUAUUACUAAAGGAUAUAAUAACUGGACGAAAGGUCUCUAUGGAUAUUCCUGGGAUAUGAUGGUACAUACAUGGGAUCUGGAGACAGUUGUGAUAAAAGUCGUGGACAAUACCAACAACAGAGAAUUUUACAUUGAUCCAUACAUAAACUCGCCUAAUGAUCGUUGGACGAGACACGGAGAUAUGGUCCACCAAUAUGCCAGAUGUCUUAAUGAGAAGCUGAGCGCGAGGAGCCGGCAAGGAGGAGGUCAUAGCGAGUUGAAUAUAUCCAUCUUUAUGGAUAUAUGGUGUUCCUUAAACGGAAGAUUCACACAGAGAAUGUUCGAUCCCAAGGUUGACCUGUUGAAGGUUUCUUGGUCCCCCUUCAAACCUGUUUCCUUCCUAAUGCCGUUGCUUGACGAAGCUUUGGACUGGAGGGGUACAUUGCAGGAUAUAAAAACCGAUGUGCAUUCGUGGAAUAAUUACAGUGAUGUUAUUUUUUCUGCUGACUUUCCAGGUUACGAUCAAGAAAAGUAUAUACCUUCAGAUCUCAGCAAUAUAACAUUAACAAUUUUAAAUGGUUCCGUCGCGUAUGAGCCCGAGGUGACGUCAGGAGGGCACUCGUAUAAAUUGUCUAGAGGGGACCACAUACAUUUAAAUCCAGACACAUUCCAUAGAGUUAUAAAUAUAGGAGACACUCCAGCAUACUAUAUGUACACGUUCGCUAAUACUUCGGAAAUAUUAAAUAUUGUCCCCCCUAAGCCCAAAUUGCCUGUUUACCAGGAGUUACACAGACGGAUAAAUAAUAUGAUAAAAUUUUUCAAGCUUGUUAUAUCUAAACUGUUUGAAGUAUUCUUAAAUAUGGAACGUUAUUUAUUGUGAAGAAUUUAUAAUACAUAUAUGCAGAUAACAAUUUAAGUGUUAUUAACAAACGUGCAGUCAUUAUUGAGCCUUUGUUUUUGAUACAACAGGUAACGAGGGGACA